CUUGGUUUCUAACAAGUCGUUUGAUCUUUAAAGAACAAUUAUGUGUAUAAUAAACAAUGCCACCUGACGAAAAUAUUGGGUAUACUGACUGGGAGUUUACAAGUAGCGAAUGGACGGGUCUAGUAGUUAGUGGCUCAGUUGCUGCAACAAUCUCAUUUGCCGCCAAUAUAUGCGUUAUAAUUGUACACUUUUCCAUUAUGUGGUAUCGACCAAAUAUUGUCAGCCGUUUGUCAUUACGUAUGAUUGUUUGCUCAUGUGUACUAAAUAUAGUCUAUAAUGCAUGUCAAUCGGUGACAUAUCAUAUAUUGGGCACGAAUAUUCAAUGUCAUCGACUAACUUAUGUCCUAUCAGCAACGGAUGUGAUGUCGUGUAUGUGUUUAGCUAUGGUGGGUCUCAGCUUGGUCAUGGUAUUUGUCGUCAAAGUAUCGCGCAGCUUGAAGUUGGAGUUACUAUAUUAUCUCAUAGUGGCAGCGUCGGGUAUUCUGGUGGCAAUCGUUUCGCUAGUAAGUGGCGAAAAGACAUUUGGGCCAUCGGAGCCAGACGAUCCGUCUAAAUGCUGGUACUAUUAUCAUUACGGACGCCGGCAGAACAUAUUCAAUUGGCUAUGGUACUACAGCUGGCUACUGUUCUCAUUAGCAUUUGCUGCAGUUUGCGCCAUUGUAUCAAUUAAAUUCAUCAGGAAAAGACAUGAAAAUUUUGCAGGAGCAAUGGAUAUGUUCACUAGUAAAGCUUCAAAGAAAGAUCAGGUGACUAUGGCUAUUUUACGAAGGUAUGCAAAUGAUAACACGGAUGUCUUCAGAAAAAUUGCAAAAAGAUGCGUCUGUUAUCCUUUAGUUCCUUUAAUAUCAAAAUCCUGGGGAGUGAGCAUUGAAAUUGCAGCAACAUUGAAUGCCCCUAUACCUUACGCCAUUUUUGUUUUGGAUCGAUUAUUUGCCAGUUCUAUCGGUCUGAUGGUUAGCGUUAUUUAUUUUACCGAUCCAGCCAUUGAAGCAGUCUUUAAAGGCGGUCUAGAGUCAUUGAAGAAGCGGUAUGUUUAUGAUUAUUUCACGUUGAAAAUGCUACCCGGAGAAGGAUUUGACAGUGAACCUGAUUGUCAAUUACCGAGAAUUGUUAAAAUUGCUCCAAGUUCUCGCUCCUCAACCUCCAAACUUAUACCAAAGCAUAGUGUGGCAACUCACACGCCAGUUUUGAAGGAGGAAAACCUACUAUUAAACCCCUUAGAAAUAUCACCUCUCAGUAUGCAGCAAAGUAUAAUGCCCUUGAGGGAACGGCCGUCCAGAAAUGAUCCUUCGAUAGCGCAUUUGCCCAAAAUGACUUUGGACAUAGAAGAGGGGAAAAAAAAGACACACGAUUCAUUACAGUCGAGACAAUUAACAAUAAUAUAUGUCAGAUCUGCCAAAGGUAAUGAAUUCGUACCCAAAGUUGUCGAUGAUGAUUCGAAUAAUACUACUGAGAGUAAGAAAAAACGCAAGAAAGGAACACAGUAUUUAAUCAUCCCAAUGAGACGCUUGGACCAAGAAAUUCAGCCCGAAAUGAUGAAAUCAGAGGAUCCGUCAAGGGGCUCUGAUCGUUUUGUUGGACCAUACCAACGUUUUGACAGUUAUUCAAAAAAUAUGGACAACGUAGAAACGUUGGUUCCUUACGGAAAACCUCGUAUAGCUUGUUUCAUACAUUGGAUGCUUGUAACGAUAUUUAAAGUAACACCAUUAUGCAGCCGCGAAGGAGAAAAUACCACUACAGAACAAAGUACUGGAACAGGGGCAAUAAAUCAACGUCAUUUCCAUGACUAUACAGAUGCUCCAGACCCAGUUUCUCCUAUUAUACAACAACAGCAACGUCAAAAUAGUUCUUUGGCAAUUUCGCGGCCUAGUACAACUGCGACCCAUCCAUUGCAAUUGGAGCCCCAGACUUCUCUACCAGCCUCUACACCUAGUUUAGAAUCCUUAGAGGAAGGAAGGGCAUCAACUCAAGAAAAAUUUUCAAUACCACAACAGCAACAGCAUCGAAAAACGAGCCGCUUUGAUACCGUAGGCCUCACAUCUACUAUGUUUCGCCGCAAACGGUCGAAUAGUUUUGGCGAAGGCACGGCGUUCGACAAUCAUCAUCCAAUACAAAUGAAACGUGUCAUUAGUAUUUCUAUUGCUGACCUACAACGAAGUAAAGAACGUAAGCGAGAAUUUGACUCUUUACCUAGUUUUUCAUCAUGGUCAUCAGCAACGAGGAAGAAAACCUUGGGAGAAGGGCCGAAAAAACUUGUAUCUAAUUUAGCAAGAUCAAAGAUUGUAGAAAGAGGAAAAUUCAUGAGUCCCAUUUCUGAUGAAACAAGCGGAGAUGUGCCUCGAAUUCCAAAGCACAGCGAGACGGGAACAAUAGAUGGCACAUGUUUGUUGGAAAGACAGAUAGAAAAAGAUGAAGAACCCAUUAAUGAUAGUACAUCUAUUACGAAAGAGUUGAGAAACAACGAAAGUGUUGUUAAAUCGACCUUUACUCGAAAUCCACCUUUCCGUAUAAGGAAGAAUACAGCAUUGCCAGUGUUUGAGGAGUCCACCCAGUACAAAAAAAAUACACAACCAUUAUACCCAGUGGAAUUAUCCCCACCGCCACGCCAGGUUGAGAAGAAGGGUUUGCUUUCUAAUGCACACAGCAGUCAAUACCAUGACGUGCUUCCUAAUAAUCUGACACCUUCCUACCUUACGUUUGACAAUGUCAACGAUGUUCUGAACAAUAUGACAAAUAGAACAGAUUUAACUUCGGCUGAACGACAAUUUGUUGACUCGAUUCCACGUUCAAAAAGUAGGAAUAAACAUGAUAAUCGAUUAUUGACUAUCGCGGCUGGAGUGGAGCUGGAAGGCCUGCUGAAUGGCAAAACUAUUUUAGAAGACAUCUCAAAUUGGGAAGAAAAAGGGAAUGCUACCUUUAGAGAUAGAUUUCACUAUUUUAAUGAAAACUGGAUGUAGUAGAUAUAGAUAAUUGAAUAGCAGACAUAUUGAUGUUUUAUGAAUUGCUUGAAUCCAUUCCGAGUCUAUAACAAAUAGACACUUCAUACUAACUAUUGCCGCAUAAUAUACAAUACUGUGACCAUCGAUAACUGCAAAUUUUAUAUAGAUUUUGUUAGUGAUAAUCAAUCCGGAUAAUCAAGUUUUGAGAUGAUAUUUUGGAGAUACAUACGCAUAUACUUGGAUAGGACAAGACUUCAAAUUCUAGAUCUUCGUUAAU